CUCAGUGCGGCAGUGUCCCCGCUCCACUGGUGCCCGACACACACGUGCUCCUCCGCCAUUAAAGUGAACGUCAUGGGGAACGAAAGCGGUGAACACGCGAGGAAGCAAGUGAAGGUUUGGUGCGAUGGCUGCUAUGACAUGGUACACUUUGGACACGCUAACUCCUUGCGGCAAGCUAAGGCAAUGGGGGAUUACUUGAUUGUUGGCGUACACACAGAUGAAGAGAUCACCAAACACAAGGGGCCCCCAGUCUUCACCGAGGAGGAGAGGUACAAGAUGGUCAGGGCAAUCAAGUGGGUAGAUGAAGUGGUGGAGGGGGCACCUUACGUAACCACACUGGAAACACUAGAUAAAUAUGAAUGCAGUGUUUUUUUCAUUCCAGAUGACAUCACCAUGACUGCAGAUGGUGUAGACACUUACCACAUAGUGAAGGCAGCUAAGAGAUACAAGGAAUGCCGAAGGACUGAAGGAGUUAGCACGACAGACCUGGUUGGUCGGAUGCUGCUCAUGACGAGACAACACCAGCAGGUUGGAGAGGCAGAGUACCUUGUAGGGCGUGAUCACUCAGACAGCCUUGGUACAGAUGCCAGCGCUCGUUCCCCAUGGACAGGUGUUACACAGUUCCUACCAACUACGCAGAAAAUCAUGCAGUUUUCCUCGGGACUGACACCCAAGGCUGGAGACAAGAUUGUGUAUGUGGCAGGUGCAUUUGACCUUUUCCAUGUGGGUCACCUUGACUUCCUGGAGAAGGCUAGGCAAGAGGGAGACUUCCUGAUAGUUGGCCUCCACACAGACCCAGUUGUCAACCGUUACAAAGGUGCUAACUAUCCCAUUAUGAAUCUGCACGAGCGUGUGCUCUCUGUACUGGCUUGCAAGUACGUGAGUGAGGUGGUGAUUGGAGCCCCCUAUUCAGUCACCUCUGACCUGAUGGACCAACUGAAGGUGGACCUAGUGUGUCAUGGCAUGUCUGAGAUCAUGCCUGAUGCAGAUGAUUCUGACCCCUAUGCAGAGCCCAAGAGAAGGAACAAGUUUAAGAUCCUGGACUCAGGCAAUGAUAUGACAACCCAGAGAAUUGUUGAGCGCAUCAUUGAGCACAGGUUAGACUAUGAAGUACGAAAUAAGAAGAAGGAAAGGAAAGAGAAGGCAGCAUAUGCAGCCUACAUCAAGGCAAAGGCUGAGGGCCGCUUGGACAUUGACCCAAUUCAUGUCGAGUGACCCUUCCGCCGGUGGUACCAUACUUACUGUUGCUAUGUAUGAACCUUACCAAAUGGCCAUCACAAACAGUCUGUGAAGGUUAUUCAUCAGCCUACUUGUUGAUUGUUAUCUUCCUGAACCAGUCAUGUCGUGAGUGAUGAGGAGUCCACUGUUGGGAGCUCUUGUCUUGAUGCACAUCACACAAAGUUACAUCAAGACAAGUCAUCACAACUGUGUCAGAUUCCAAGUCUGAGCUAUGUUUAUGAUCAUCAAAGAAUCUAGUCACUUCUUUAGAUGCCAUAACCAGAUGUCUGGUCAUCGCUAGAGAUGUCAUCCUACAUAGCAUGGUUUUAUAUGCUUGGGUACAUCAUUCAUUUAGGUACAUACCCACUUUUUAACAAAACAUCCAGUAACCUGAUUGCUUAUUGUAUCACAUUCAGACAGUAGGUAUUAUUUCUCUCUAGGAUAAAGCCCCUAGAAAGAAGAAAAGAUAAAUAAGCAUCCUU